CUCCGUCAAAGAUGGAUUUGGAAUCUCCUCAAAAUGAAAGUAAAUCUGCUGGUGACUUCGUUGAAGGAUUCUGGAGUUACGUUGGAAACUUUGCAGAGAAAAACAGAUUUAAAAUUACAGUAUUCUUGCGAAUUUUUGCAGCAAUCUCAUACAAUUGCUAUUUCGUUGCGGCUGUCUACAAUGCCCAUCUCAAACAAAUCGACAUUGAUUGGUGUGGAGGUGUCGGGAUGCUGAUUAUCCUCACUGUUAUUGUCUACUGUGGCCUUUUCUACUACAAGGUUUUCAAACCUCAUUGGGGCGAUAGCGCAUACUCCAGAGUGAUCCUUCCCCUAACCCUUAUCUUGGAACGAUGCUGGAGCUAUCGAUUUCUACGCUUACUGGUGAUGGCUGGCGGGGUCGCGGGUUUCACUGUGGGGUUGGUAUUGGACACGGCAGGUGACAGAGAUAGAUUAUACUCGCUCAUCGGUCUGGCCGUCUUUCUCCUUUUUGGCUGGAUCUUCUCGAAACAUCCAUCCCAAAUAAAGUGGACACAAGUGAUUUGGGGAAUGAUCUUACAGUUUCUCUUCGGUUUGAUGGUUCUUCGCUGGAAAACCGGGCAGCAGGUUUUUGCCUGUCUCGGCGAUCGCGUUUCCAUCUUUUUGAAGUACACCGAUGCAGGCUCAGGAUUAGUCUAUGGUCAUUUAGUCACUGAUCAAAAUGCUUCCGGAAUUCCGCUUGGCACCAUUUUCGCCUUUAAAGCCUUGUCAGUCAUUUUCUUAUUCAGUUUCAUGGUCAACAUUCUUUACUAUUACGGAGUCAUGCAACUGAUCGUACAGAAAGUCGGUUGGUUUCUUCAAGUAUCAGUAGGAACCACUGCGACCGAAUCAAUCAACUGCGCUGCCAACAUUUUUCUUGGACAAACGGAAGCUCCUUUAGCUAUCAAACCACUUUUACCGUUAUUGACGAAAUCGGAACUGCAUACGGUUAUGACGAGCGGCUUUGCUACAAUUUCGGGGUCAGUUUUGUCGGCAUACAUAAGCUUUGGAAUAAGCGCUUCGCAUUUGCUGAGUGCAUCUGUGAUGUCUGCACCAGCCGCUUUAUCCUUUGCUAAAUUGUUUUACCCCGAGACAGAAGAAUCGCAAACUAAAGCAGAGGACAUUAAAGUGCCAAAAGGGAAAGAGGCCAACGCUUUAGAUGCAGCGGCACAAGGGGCUUCUAAUGCAGUCUUUAUGGUCAUUAAUAUUUGCGCUAAUCUAAUCGCAUUUCUAGCCUUUAUUGCUUUUCUCAAUGGAAUCAUUUCAUGGAUGGGAGGACUUUUAGGAGCACCUUAUAUUACAUUUGAAUAUCUAGUAGGGAAGUGUUUUAUUCCACUGGCCUGGAUAAUGGGGAUUCCUGCAGAAGAGUGCGAUCAAAUAGGACAUGUGGUAGCGCUAAAGACCAUCGUCAACGAAUUUGUUGCCUAUAGGCAACUAUCAGAAUAUAUGGCUAAAGGACUAGUUUCGAAACGAUCGGAAACGAUCGCUACCUUUGCGUUGUGUGGCUUCUCGAAUCCAGGGUCAAUAGGCAUCCAAAUAGCUGCCCUGGGGUCAAUGGCUCCAUCCAGACAAACCGAUUUGGCUCAAGUGGCUUUCCGAGCAUUUGUUUCAGGAAGUAUUGCUUGCUUCAUGACAGCCUGUGUAGCUGGAACGUUGAUUCCAUCUUCUUCGUUGUAAACGCAUUUUGUUCGUCUGUAGAGCAAGAAGCCAAGGAUUUGAUUCGCUAGGAAAAUCAAUUUACCUAAAACAACGGCGAUUAUUUACUUACUAAUAACUGUGUUGGGUUGU